AUGGAGGAAAAGGAAAGCCAGAAACUUGAGCUGUGCCUGGCUUGCUCCACAGACAGCAGACAGAUGAAGGACCAGGCAAAACCCAGUCUGCAUGUGACGUCGCUAGACGAUGCGGAAUGCCUCCGAUCUAAAGAGCUGCGUUCGGCGCCCGGCAGCCACACUGCUCCUGGCUCAAAGGCAACCCGCAACAUCCCUCGAAGACACACCGUAGGUGGCCCUCGCAGUUCCAAGGAGAUACUGGGAAUGCAAACCUCAGAAAUGGACAGGAAGAGGGAGGCCUUUCUUGAGCAUCUGAAGCAGAAAUAUCCCCACCAUGCCACAGCAAUAAUGGGACACCAGGAAAGACUGAGAGAUCAGACUAGAAGCCCAAAGCCGUGCCAGAGCCCGCAGCCCACUCUGGGAGACCAGACAGAACACCUCUCUGAAGCAUCUGCUGAUUCCUUAGAGGCCAUGUCCGAGGGGGAUUCUCCAAGCCCCUUCUCGAGGGGCAGCCGCACACGGGCGAGUCUUCCCGUGGUGCGGUCGGCAAACCAAACCAAGGAGAGAUCACUGGGUGUUUUAUAUCUUCAGUAUGGAGAUGAAACAAAGCAGCUGAGGAUGCCAAAUGAAAUCACAAGCACAGACACAAUUCGUGCCCUUUUUGUAAGUGCCUUCCCCCAGCAGCUGACAAUGAAAAUGCUGGAGUCUCCCAGUGUGGCCAUUUACAUCAAGGAUGAGAGCAGAAACAUUUACUAUGAAUUGUGUGAUGUGAGGAACAUUCAAGACCGAUCUUUCCUUAAAGUUUACAACAAAGAUCCUGCACAUGCAUUUAAUCACACUUCCAGAGCUGUAAAUGGAGAUAUAAGGAUGCAGAGGGAAAUUGCUUAUGCAGGUCGCGAUGGCCCGAGUGCUUCCCGCCCCGGCUCCACCACCCACCCUCCUCACGCGAUGCCCAGCUCGCCACCCUCCACCCCGGUGCCCCACUCCAUGCCUCCCUCUCCGUCCAGGAUUCCCUACGGCGGAGGCCGCCCCGUGCCGGGCAACGCCACCAUCCCCCGGGACCGGCUGUCCAGCGUGCCAGCCUCGCGCUCCAUCUCGCCCAGCCCCAGUGCCAUCUUGGAGAGGCGAGACGUGAAGCCAGACGAGGACGUGAGCGGCAAGACCCUCGCCCUGAUCCGGAGCGAAGGUCUGUACGGGGACCCCUACUUGUACCACGAGGGGAGGAUGAGCCUGGCUGCUUCCCACUCCGGACACCCGCUGGACGUCCCCGAUCACAUUGUAGCCUACCACCGCGGUGCCGUGAGGUCCUCGAGCGCCUACUGCAACCCCUCCGUGCAGCCCGAAAUGCUGGAGCAGUCCUUGUACAGACAGAAGUCUCGGAAGUACCCGGAGAGCCACUUGCCCACUCUGGGCUCCAAAACGCCUCCCGCCUCGCCCCACAGGCUGGCUGACGUGAGGAUGAUGGAGAUUCAUCCUCACCAUAGCGCUCACAUCCCCACACACACCCUCCAGCCCGACAGGGCCUCUCCCAGCCGCCAGUCCUUCAAAAAGGAGCCAGCCCUCCAGCCUGCCUUUGUGGAUGCCAAAGCACGGAGCGCCCUCGGCCUCUCGGGCAUGGCUGAGGUGGUGCCACCCCCCGUCGACAAGCAGGCCUUUGGCUAUGGCUCGCCUGUGAUGCCCAAGGACAAGGAGACAAGAGAGAGGAUACAAGCCAUGGAGAAACAGAUUGCCAGUUUAACUGGUCUUGUUCAGUCUGCGCUUUUUAAAGGGCCAAAUACAAGUAAUAGCAAAGAGGCUUCUAGUGAGAAGAUGAUGUUGAAAAUUGCAUCCAGCAAGAGCAGCCUUGACACUGCAGGUGCUGCUAACACAUCUGGGGGGAAGAACGCGUUGGUCACUGUGGACUCAGCUGUCACCCAUCACCACCCUGCUGCAGCCCCAUCCAUGCAGCUCAGCCUGCACGGUAUGAAACGCAACGUGUCGGACCUGCGGCUGCAGCUGCAUCAGAUGAAGCAGCUACAGCUGCAGAACCAGGAGAUGCUGAGGGCGAUGGUGAAGAAAGCAGAGCUGGAAAUCAAUGGCAAGAUGAUGGAAACAGUGAAGAGGCUGGAAGAUCCUGUGCAGCGACAGCGCAACCUGGUGGAACAGGAGAGGCAGAAAUACCUCAACGAGGAGGAAAGGAUCGUAAAGAAGUUGUGCGAGCUGGAGGCAUUUGUUGAAGACCUGAAGAGGGACUCCAGUGCUUCCAGCAAGACAGUCACGCUGAAGGAUGUUGAAGAUGGAGCCUUUCUUUUGCGUCAAGUGGGAGAAUCUGUUGCCACCCUGAAAGGAGAGUUCCCCACGCUGCAGAAUAAGAUGCGUGCAAUACUGAGGAUCGAGGUGGAAGCCGUGAGGUUCCUGAAGGAAGAGCCACACAAGCUGGACAGCUUGCUGAAGCGUGUGCGCAGCAUGACCGACAUCCUCACCAUGCUCAGGAGACAUGUUACAGAAGGACUGCUGAGGGGUGUGGACCCAUCCCAAGCCAUGCAGUACUCUACCAUGGAAAAGGCCACGGCAGCUGAUGCCCUGAAAAGCCAGGAGGAGCUCAAGCAUGCGCAGGGGCACGCACAGCAAGGCCUCACGGCAGUCACGUCAGAGAACCAGGUGUCAUCAGUCAAGUCAGAAGUCAUCCCCUUCUCCACAAUGACAGUCCAUCAUGUGCAGAGCUCUCCUGUUGUCAUCCAUCAGUCCCAGCACUCAUCAGCCCUGGUCAACCACACCCAGGCUUCACCCACUGCAGCCAGCCACAGUGAAGGUGCGCCGGUGGGUGGCCACCUCUCAGCCACCCCUACAGCCCCGCUGCAAGAGCCCACAGCAGGAUCCCAACCUACACAAUCCACACCAGCACAGGUCUCUGUCAAUGGCACCACCAUGCAAAGUCUUCUCAUUGAGGAAAUCCACAGUGCAAGCACCAGGAACCGAGCUGUAUCCAUUGAGAAAGCUGAGAAGAAAUGGGAAGAGAAAAGACAAAAUCUCGAUCACUAUAAUGGAAAGGAAUUUGAAAAGCUCUUGGAAGAGGCCCAAGCCAACAUAAUGAAAUCAAUUCCUAACCUGGAGAUGCCUCCCCAGACAGCAGCACUGCCUAAAGGGGAUGCAGUGGAAAAGCUAGAAGUCUCAGAAGAAGUUCCUGAUGGAGAACAGGAUAAUGACAAGCUGACCAAGUCUCCACCUCCACCACCUCCACGGCGCAGUUAUCUGCCAGGGUCAGGACUAACCACAACAAGAUCAGGAGAAGUCGUCUAUGCAGCCAGAAAAGAGGCUGCUGCUGUCAAGGAAUGCAGUGAAGAUGCUGGGCAAGUAGGACAAUCCAAAGCCUCCAAAGAGGAGCAGGCAUUGCCUCGGAGCACAGGGCAUGCUGUAGCAUCAGCUGCAAAAGAUGACGAGGAAGAGGAAGGAGAUAAAAUAAUGGCUGAAUUACAGGCUUUCCAGAAGUGCUCUUUUAUGGAUGUAAACUCAAACAGUCAUGCUGAACAGUCCAGAAAUGAUGCACAUGUUAAAGACAUAAGGCCUGGGACUUUAAUGCAUCACAAGGAAAAGAAGGUGUAUGGGGCUACAACAGGAUCUCCCACAGAUAGUGACCAUCCUAAAGAGAAGAGGGAAGGGAAAACUGAAGAAGAAUUGGGUUCUGAUUCAUCCAGCACAGCUGACAGUAAAGCUGGCUUUUCAAUGAAUGACAGUCCUACAUUUAGCAAGGGUUUGUUUGUAGACAGUAGAGACUAUUCUAAGAAAAACCUUCAGAAUGUGAGCACAAACCUGUCUGGUGUCAGUUUGCCAGAGGAUGACAAAAGAAGAGGGGCUCGAGAUAUUUUAGGAUCUCAUUUUCCAGCUGUUGAAACUGGAAACCAAAAGCCAGACUACAGACCCUCCCAAGAUGCUCCCCAGGGCCCGCUGCAGGGUGAAGGCUUGCAGAGCACAGGCAGGCACAUCCCCAUCAGCAGUGUCGCCCCUCUCCUGAGGCACACGCAGGAGCCUGAGGGGCCUCAGCCUCCCUCGCAGGAGCAAGAAGCUUCUGCAGGCAGCUAUAACCAGGUUGUGCUAAGACCCAGAGUGUCCAGUGGUGAAGAGACUGACUCUCCCUCGAGCUCUCCAAGUGAAGACAGCCCACCUACAGAAAACAUCGCCUUCAUGAUUACUAAAACAGCUGUCCAGGUCCUCUCCAGUGGGGAAGUUCAUGACAUAGUCAGCCGGAAGGGUGGAGAUGUGCAAACAGUGAACAUCGACGCUAGGAAGGACACGGUGUCGGAGAAGGGCACCCUGGGAAGCAUGGACAGCGAAGAACCCGUGGUGUGUCUGGACAAGAAACCUGUCAUCAUCAUCUUUGAUGAGCCAAUGGACAUCAGGUCAGCAUACAAGAGGCUUUCUACCAUUUUUGAAGAGUGUGAUGAGGAGUUGGAGAAAAUGAUGACAGAUGAAAAGAUAGAAGAGGAAGAGGAGGAGGAUGAGAAUGAAGUGCACAACAUCUCCAAGAACCAGAAGGAAGAGCCCCCAGCAGCUGAUGACAGAAGAGCAAGCAUGGAGUAUUCAGCAGCUCAGAGUCUCGAGGAGCAGCACAUCACUGACCUUCAGCCUUCCUCUGACCCUGCAGAAAGCAGACUGCCUGUAGAGGAGGAAAGCACGAUGCCAAACCUUGACAAAUACCGUCAGAUCUAUGGGCUGAGCACACAAACAAGCCUGGACUCUGCUGAUCAGUUUGGAAGCAGGCAGGAUGCCAAGAAAAAAUUCAAGUUCAAAUUCCCUAAGAAGCAGCUGGCUGCUCUGACACAGGCCAUAAGGACAGGAACCAAGACUGGAAAGAAGACCUUGCAGGUUGUGGUCUACGAAGAAGAGGAGGAAGACGGGACUGUGAAGCAGCACAAGGAAGCAAAGAGAUUUGAAAUCACCAGGACUCAAUCUGAGGACAGUGACAAAAGUCCUUCCGGGAAGCAAGAGGGGGCCCCUGGAGCUGCAGCAUCCCUGUCUAGGACUGAUGAAAUUCGGCAGAGCACCUACCGGACAUUAGACAGCCUUGAACAGACCAUAAAGCAGCUGGAAAACACCAUCAGUGAAAUGAGUCCAAAAUCUAUCCCUGAAAACACACACAGCUCUGAGGGAAGCACUGUCCCCUUCUCUGCCCAGAUAGUAGCAGAGACCCCACCCCGAGAGCUUGUAGUGCUGGAUGAGAGCCUUGCUCCGGCUGCCCCAGCCACCUCACGUAAGGGCUCCAGCGCCGCCUCCCAGACCAGCCGGAUGCCAGUGCCCAUGGCUUCAAAGAGUAGGCAAGGAAGCACGGAGAAGGCAGGCAAACAGCACAAGCUGCAGGACCCACGCCAGUACAGACAGGCUAAUGGAAGUGCUAAGAAAGCUGGUGGGGACUAUAAGGCUACUUCCCCUACCCUACCUGCUUCUAAGAUCCCAGCCUUUUCUCCCACUUCUGGGAAAAGCAGCUCAGCACCUGCUUCUAGCAGUGACAGCUCUAACCCUCUUAAUCCACCUACUAAAAGCUCUAUUCCUUCCUCUACCCUUCCUCAGACAGGUCGCAUAACUUACUCUACCUCCCUCAUCCCCUCUGUCUCUAACGGUUCCUCCAAGUUUCAGAGCCCCUCUCACCCAGGGAAAGGUCACCAUCUCUCCUUCUCACUGCAGACUCAAAAUGGCCGGUCACCCCCUCCUUCCUCUUCUACCUCCCCCCCCUCCUCUACCUCUCCCACUUCACUGAACCAAGGUAUGAAGAGCAUCAGGACAAUCCACACCCCUAGCUUCACCAGCUACAAGGCACAGAACGGAAAUGCCGGCAAGUCCACCCCAGCCACCGCAGCCAAGGAGCCAUCCUAG